AUGAAACCGGGAAUACAUGAUGAUUCAUUCAAAGAAGAGGAGCGAAGAAUGGGUGAUUCUUUACUGAGGGAUGAAAAGGGUGACACAUGUCAACUAGAAUCUCAGCAUGGUGAAAAGCCACGGAUAACACGGUCCGGUCAAGGCUUGCGAAACAAGUGGUUGAUUAGGCUGCUACUUGGCCUAUUGGUGUUCUGGGCUUAUAAGCUCUUACCAUAUGGUAAAGAUAUAUCUUAUGAAGAUACUGUACUUAGUGAGGAUAGUUGGUCUUGGGAAGCGCCAAAUUCUGAACUAGUUUGGCAUCAAUGCUUUGAUGAGUUUGAUUGUGCAAGAUUAGAGGUACCACUAGAUUGGCUAGAGCCUACCAAUUCAUCAAAAGUUAUCUUGGCCGUCUUGAGAAAAAAUGCAACAUCAAAAGUAGACUAUAAGGGUCCGCUCUUCGUCAAUCCAGGAGGACCUGGUGGGUCCGGUGUAGGCACCGUGAAAGACUUUUGGAAGGCUAUUCAUAUCACUGUUGGAGCUAACCACGAUAUCGUUGGAUUUGACCCUCGUGGUAUUGGCGCCACCACCCCUUCUGCCUAUUGUUGGGAUGGACUACGAGAGGAAAGAAUCUGGAGUAUUCAAAAACUCGGACUUGUCGAUUCACACCCGGGAAUGAUUUAUGAUCUUUAUGCACGUCAAAGUGUCGAGUCUAAAAAUUGUGAAUCUAAUCUUGGUGAUCUAUCACGAUUUCUGGUAACAACUUCUGCAGCGAGAGAUAUGUUAGAGAUACUCAAUAAGCUCGGGUAUGAAAAGCUGAGAUACUGGGGUCUGAGUUAUGGUACAGUAAUCGGAGAUACCUUCGCGCGCAGCCAUGUACGCCGAUAA